AUGGUGCGUGUUAUUAUUAAAGGAGGUGUUUGGCGUAACACAGAGGAUGAAAUUCUCAAAGCCGCUAUUAUGAAAUAUGGGAAAAACCAAUGGAGUCGUAUUGCGUCUUUACUUCAUAGGAAAUCAGCAAAGCAAUGCAAGGCUCGAUGGUUCGAAUGGCUUGAUCCUGGAAUAAAAAAGACGGAAUGGUCUCGAGAGGAAGACGAAAAGCUGUUGCAUCUCGCCAAAUUGAUGCCGACGCAAUGGAGAACGAUUGCUCCAAUUGUUGGAAGAACUGCUGCACAAUGUCUCGAAAGGUAUGAGCACUUGUUGGACGAGGCACAAAGGAAGGCAGAAGGAUUGGAUGAUGAAGCCACAGAGGCCAAAAGGCUUAAACCUGGAGAAAUUGAUCCUACCCCUGAGACGAAACCCGCUCGUCCGGAUCCUAUUGAUAUGGAUGAUGAUGAGCUUGAGAUGUUGUCAGAGGCCCGUGCAAGACUUGCUAACACCCAAGGAAAGAAAGCUAAGCGAAAGGCUCGCGAGCGCCAGUUAUCAGAAGCUCGUCGAUUAGCGUCAUUGCAAAAACGUCGUGAGAUGCGCGAAGCUGGAUUACUUGUACGAAGGUUCAGGCGGCUAAAGAGAAAUCAGAUCGACUAUAGCGGGGAGAUACCGUUCGAGAAAGCCGUUCCGGCUGGUUUCCACGAUCCAUCUGAGGACAAAAUAGACACAAGCGACAAACAUCAGAGGGCAAUAGCUGAUCACGAGAAACCACGUCGUAUGGAAGUAGAAAACGAGCUUCGUAAACAAGACAGGGAAAAGCUGAAGCGGAAGAAGCCCGAAGAUGAGCCUGAAUCAGUUUUCAAGACCAAAGAAAAGAAGAGGAGUAAAUUAAUUCUACCUGCCCCUCAGAUCAGUGACCGUGAGAUGGAGCAGAUUAUUAAGAUUGGUCAUGCUAGUGAUAGCGUUCGACUGUAUGCGGACGGAGGUGCGACAAGCUCUCUUCUCACUGAUUACGCAGCAUCUGCCCGUGCAAAUGCUGUCGCUGCUCGCACUGCCCGUACACCCUUAGCACGUGAUAAUGUUCAGAUGGAAGUUCAAAACAUCCUCGCUCUACAGAAUGUAGACACGCCGUUGAAAGGUGGAUUGAACACUCCUUUGCAAGAAACCGACUUCUCGGGAGUACUGCCCACUCCACGCGUUCAAGCUACCCCAAAUACUGUACUCAAUGCUGUGGCAGCCACUCCAGCCAGCACCUUUGGAGCGACACCCAGCUCCGUGGGCUCGUUCACACCUGGAGCGGGAGGUGCAACACCCGCAUUCCGUGAUCAGAUGGGUAUCAAUGAAGGAGGAGCAACAAGUGGAAUAGAAGCUCGAGCAGAGCUGCGAAGAGCACUAGCAUCUCUGCCAGAACCACGUAAUGACUACGAAAUUGUUGCUCCUGAAGGUGAAAGUGAGGAAGCUGACGAGCAAGAGGAAAAUGGAGAGGAAUGGGUCGAUGAUGCGGCUGAUACAAAAGAACUCCGUGCCAAACAACGGGCGCUUAAGAGACAGCGAGAGCUGGCUGCUAGAUCUCAGGUCAUCCAACGCUCUCUUCCAAAACCAUCAAAAGUCUGUGACGCUGCUUUCAAGCCUUCAUUGAACAGAACGGAAAUGGCCAGGGCGGAUGAUCUAAUCAAAGCAGAAAUGGCCCGCUUAGUGGCUUGGGACGUUCAGGAUCAAGUUCCUAGUGAAGUUUAUGAUGAAUCUGCCAUCAAGGCUGCAUCGGAAAUGAUUACGAAGAACUGUGAUGAUGGUCCCCCAUUGGACGCAUCGAUGUGGGCUGUCAUAGAGCAGUGUAGUUCAGAGCUGGUACAAAGUCGUGGCAAAUUCACAAGAAUUGCUGUAUUGUCUCGAGGAGAUCAGAUUGAGGCGUUACAUUCACAAUUUCAAAUCUAUCGUGACUGGAUGAACGCAAGAGCAAAAAAGACAGCAAAGUUGGAGAAGAAACUGAAAAUCAAGCUGGGUGGUUAUCAGGCCAUCCAUACAAACUUGGCUGCGAAGUUAGCCGAAGUGCGCAAUGAACUUGAAAUGGCAGCCAUUGAAAAGGAGACUUUCAGACGACUUUCUGAACAUGAAAUGAAGUCAAUCAACAAGAGAGUGUCUCGCUUGCAACAGGAAGUACGACAGCAAGAAGCACGAGAAAGGGAGUUACAGAAGGUGUAUGGGAAGCUGAAAGAUCAACACUGGAAGCUGGAGCAAUAUGAGCUACGCAAUCAGGCCACCGUUCAAGCAGAACCUGUCACCUACCAAGCGACGGAAGCAUGA